AUUGGUAUGUACACACAGGCAGCUUGGUGAUCUCGUCGGAAGAACCCAUUUUUCUGGAAGGAAAAUAUUGUGAAAAGUGCUGAUAGUAAUCAGUGCCUCGGUGUGAAGUGCUGGACAGUUCAAGUGUUACGGCGCUCAAGUCUUAGAAGAACUGGCUACGCAGUCUACCAAUCCGUCAUCACCUGCUAAAUCUCAUGUUUUAAUUACAUACACGGCUCCCAGAUGGCAACGGCUGCAUCAGAUAAUUUAUACUUUAGUUCAUAUUUUCCUCAACAGAUCGAUCCCUUAAGCCAACAGAAAAUAUCUCGUGGGAACAAAUUAAAUUCGUUGAGUUCAGAAGACCUCGUGGCGUGUUUACAGUCAUUGCUUGUUGAUUUCGCUGUAUUUUUUGCUAAAGAUAAGUGUUUAGCCUUGCAGUUGUGUUUUUAGAAGUUUACAUAGUGCUUAUGAUAUUAUUUAGUCAUAUUUUUUAGUUUAUUGUAUAUAGGUUUAGUUUUUUAAGAAGUAUUAAUUCGGCAAUGGCUGGUCCAAGGUCACGAAUGAAUGUUGACGAUAUUUUGGAUUAUUUAGAUACUAUAGAUAGUGAUAGUGACUUUAUUCCGGGAGAUGAGUCUGGUUGUACUGAAAGUGAUGUGAUGGUACUCAAGAAACAACGGGCCCACCUGUUGAAACUAUGUCCGAUAUUGAAGAGUCCCUGUAAGAAAAUGGCCUGGACGUCUGUGGUUCGAUUUCCGACAGCGGUCAUUCAGAAACCGUGUAAGGUCCAAGGUCCGCACGUUAACCUGUCUGUGGGACGCUUGAAGAUGACAGCAGUCGACCUUAUAGACAGGAGUCCAUUGGUCACACUACACGGCUGACGGCUCGUAUACUGUGCGUUAGUAUUCGGUUCUUCCCCGUUUUGUAACGGGAAGAACGUGAAACGUGUUGGUUGGCAUCGCCGAGUUGCAGGUCCGGUUUAUCAGUUUCUCCAGCCUGUGCUGUGACCGUGUGUGGGGGAGGGGGGACGAAUAUUAAUGUCGGGUGUGAUGUAAGGAACAGUCUUUGUAAAAGGUAUGAAUGAGGCUGAUUAUAUACUUAUAUCAUUAUGCAAUUUGGUGAUGAAGACAUUGUGAACUUUUCUGUUGUAAUUUGUAAUUUAACAGUUCCGCUUGUGUCUUUUGCGCGAAGGGGAAUUAGAAAAACAUGUAAAGGAUAGAUCCGUUUCUGUGUAUGAAAUUUCGAUGUUUUAUGUAAAAUUCGCUAUCUCCAAAACCAUGUGGCGGAUUGGGCGUUAUAAGAAAAUUUUAACUGUAAUUUUACAUGAAUUUACGAAUAAGCAAUUAUGUUGAUUUUGUCCAAUACUCA